CACACUUUUUGAGCUAUACACAAGGCCUUCAACAGAAAAAAUAAGCUUGAAACCUCUAUUCUAGAUUUUCGGAAUGCAGGCUGGCAUGAUAGGAACCCGAGUUGAUUGGCAGUACACUGCAGAAAAGGCAAACGAUUCUAGUAUCAGUAUAGUCAGCGGAACCAGAUGGCCCAGAGGAAAGAUGCUCGGUGGGUCUGGUGCUAUAAAUGGAAUGCAAUGGAUACGAGGAAAUCGCAGAGAUUUUGAUGAGUGGGAACAAUCGGGGAAUCCUGGUUGGGGAUGGGAUAGCGUAUUGGAAUACUUUAAAAAGUCAGAGGAUAACAAGGUGCCGGAAAUUGUUGAGGCGUAUGGUGGAAAGUACCACGGCCAAGGAGGUUACUUGAGUAUCGACUAUUUUCCUACGUCAAAUCCAUAUGAUUCGGUUCUUUUGGAAGCAGCAAAUGAAGUCGGAUUUGAACAACUUCUAGAUUUUAAUGCCGAAGAACACAUUGGAUAUGGCAUAUGUCAGCACAACAUUGAUGGGGUCACACGUGCCAGUACCGCAAAGGCAUUUUUAAAUCCCAUAAAAUACCGUGAUAAUCUUCAUAUUAUCAAAAAUGCUUUUGUCGUAUCACUCCAUUACGGCUCAGAUAACGUCGUCAAAGGAGUUAACAUGAUUAUCGAUGAUAAAUCUUUCCAAACGGCGAUUGCAACGAAAGAGGUCAUUCUAUCAGCAGGCACAAUUAAUACUCCUCAACUGCUUAUGCUUUCUGGCAUUGGAAAGCGUGAAGUGCUUACAGCUCACAACAUUCCAGUACGAAUGGAAUUGUCGGUUGGUGAAAAUUUGCAAGAUCACGUAAUACUUCCUAUAUUUUUCGGAAUAGAAGCACAAUUGUUGAACGUACUACAAACUCGCCGUAAUACUCUGUUGAAUUUGUUUGAAUUUACUUUGCUCAACAGGAGCCAACCAGUGGUUCCAGCGGUCUUUACUACCAUAAUUGGAUUUGCCAAUACAAAGAGUGAUACAAGUUCAUUUCCAGAUGUUCAAUUUGAAUCUAUGUUCAUAGCCAGAGGUGAUUUUGAGGCGCUGGGUUUCUUUGAAGGGAUUGGUUAUGCUGGCAAUAUCAUAAAAUCAUUGAGAAAUCAUAUUGAACGUCAAGAUAUUGCCGUAGCAUGGGUCGUCGGAAUUGAUCCUAAAUCAAAAGGAUCGCUCCGACUCAAAUCUUCCAACCCUUAUGAUCAUCCUUCGAUAGUGACUGGUUAUUUCAGUGUAGCCAGUGAUAUCGUUGUGAUUCGAGAAGGAAUCCGAAUUCAACAGGAACUCUUCAGUACACAAAGUUUCCAAAAAUAUCGUGCUAAACCAUUGAAAAUGAGCAUACCUGCAUGUGACUCAUUAAGGUACGAUUCUGAUUCAUACUGGGAAUGCUACAUUCGACAUCUGAGUACGACACUUUAUCAUCCAGUAGGAACGGCAAAGAUGGGACCACUAUCUGACCCAGAAGCCGUUGUUGAUUCUCAACUGCGAGUUUAUGGAAUCGAUGGACUACGAGUCGUGGAUGCCAGUAUAAUGCCUACGGUUACCAGUGGCAACACGAAUGCCCCAACUGUAAUGAUAGCUGAGAAGGCUUCCGAUCUGAUCAAGCAAACAUACUCAAAGUAAUCCCGUGUUCAGAAAAAGCAGAAUGUUAGUUAUACAAUUUCCAUACAAGUCUCACAAAGGACUCAGAGCACUACAUACACAUGAUUCUACAAUUUGGUAUUCAAGGAGAUUUCAGAGAUCUGUUGGGUUUCAAUGUGUUGCCAAAAUGAAAACCAUUGAAAACAUUAACAUACCGCCAGUAAUUACAGA